AUGGCUUUCCGUCCACAUGAACACAGUAUCGACGUAUCCAGCCUCGUGGGCAAGAACGCCAUCGUGACAGGAGCUUCGCGCGGCAUUGGGGCACAGAUCGCCCGCUCCCUAGCCUCUCGCGGGGCGAACGUUGCCAUCUGCUUUGCUUCCGAGACCAGCCGGCCCACCGCGGAGGCCCUUGCUUCGGAGCUGCGUGCGACUGGGGUGCUGGCGACGUGCGUGCAGGAAGAUCUCGGGGUGGCCGGGGCCGGGCAACGUGUGGUCGAGAAAGCCCUGACGGGGCUCAACACCGAGACGAUCGACAUCCUGGUGAACAACGCGGCGCGGGAUCCCCCGAAUCCCACAGCGGUGCAUGCACCAGAUGCAUCCAUCUUUGACCGAUUCAUGCGAGUGAAUGCCCGAGCUCCCCUCGAGCUCGUUGCCGCCAUGGUGCCCCUGUUGCCCCGCUAUGGCGGUCGAAUUAUCAGCAUUUCGUCGGUGCUGGCGCAGCGGCCGGACGUGCCUUUCGCCGCCUGGGCCGCGUCCAAGGCGGCCUUGGAAUGUCUAUCGCGAUACUGGGCGAUGGAGCUGGCGAGCCCCCACGGGUUGACCAGCAAUGUGGUGGCGAUAGGCCCGACGAUGACGGAUUAUCACGUCCAUGACCCGCCCGCGGUCCUCGAAGAGCUGGCCCAGCUGCCGAGUGCCGCUAAACGGCUCGCCACGACGGAUGACAUUGCCCAGAUUGUGGUCUUUUUGGCGAGCGAUGCGGGCCGGUGGAUCAACGGGGAUGUAAUACAGGGUAAUGGCGGCAUGGUCUUCGGCUAG